UAGGCCUCUAAACGACGCCGUUGCUCUCAACAGCAACCAACGGCGUAACCAAAACCUCUGAAGUGUUUACCUCUCUUCCGCCCUUUCUCUCUCUCUCUCUUCCCCAUUCUUGUGCAACGAACAAGCAGGAGCAGCAGCCGCCGCCUCUCACUCUCUCUAUAAUUCUCUCUCACUCUUUAGAAGUCUUCAUUCCUUUCUCCAGCUUCGCCUCUCUAAGAGCAACUGUUUAUGGGGUCAAGGCUGCUGUGACUGUCAGUCGAGUCUGAAGUUUGAGGAUGCGAGCUGUGAUUGAGGGGUUACAAUUGUAAGUUAGAGGUUUGUGUAUUUUGAGGAUGGGUUCUGCUUGUUGUGUUGCUGCUAGAGACAAGACUAUAACAAACACUGCUAGUAGCGAAAUUGUACAUCGUAAUAUUCGGUACUCACCAACAUGGAGCUUUCGGUGGGAUAACCGAGUGGGGGUAGCAGCUGAAGAGACCUCUGUAAGUUGGUUUUCUGAUGGUGUUAGCAGAAAUGAUGGAUCGGAAGUUAAAUUUGAGUCGGCAUGUGUAUCUGAGGAGGGAAGUCCAUUAGAACAUUUUCGAAGACAUACACAGCGAAAAUCCUCAAUUUCUGAGGGAACUGCCGAGCAUGUCAGGACUCCUACUUCAGAUCGAUCCAUUUCAAGAAAUAUUUCCAUGGAUGCAACUCUUGAACAGACAAAAGAACCAGCAGAGUCCCCUACCGUUUCAUAUCCAUCCCCGACAAAAUUAUCAGUUUUGCAGCCUUCUACUUCAUCCUUGCCCGCAUCCCCUUUGUCAUCCCAGAGUCACCUGCCUCUUGCUAGCUCAACGCCAGUGAGGUGGCGCCCCUGUUCUCCAGGACAUCAGCUAUUAAGGCAAGUAUCUGAUGCCCGAGUCCCAAGAAUCAAGUCACCAAACAGCUUCUCAAUUUCUGAGGAAAAGGCAAAGCUUCCCUCAUGGAGCAAUGAAUCUGCUAGGGGCUCUCGUGGUGGGUCUUCUGAUAGUUGGUCUAUGAAUGCAUUUUCCGAGCUCAUGGCCACAUCUAAUAGAGAAAGGUGGUCUUUUGAUAGUGAGUCCUUUGGCUUUAAUUGUGAGAAGAUAACUAGACCCAGUAGCAGAGUUUCAGCUUCACCCUCUGUUGAUUUGCAGACAUGUGGAGUUUGCUCAAAGCUUUUGGCUGAGAAAUGUUCAUGGAGCAGCCAAAAGAUUAUUGCAACCAAUGAGCUUUCUGUGGUUUCAGUGCUAGUUUGUGGACAUGUUUAUCAUGCCGAGUGUUUGGAGAAUCUGACACCUGAAAUUAACAAGUAUGACCCAGCUUGUCCAGUGUGUACUUUUGGGGAGAAACAGAUCCACAAGUUGUCUGAAAAAGCAUUGAAAGCUGAAAUGGAUUUGAAGUCUAGAAACAAGAAAUCGAGGAACCGGGUGUUAGAUCUUGAUGGCGAUUCUGCUGUGUUUGAUCACUUGAAAAGCACCGGAAAUCAAGGAAGGGGUCCCAAGUUCGGAUCCAGUUCCAGCAUGAGAAGCACCUUGGGAAAGCCAUUUUUGAGACGGCACUUCUCAUUUGGCUCCAAGAGUGCUUCGCUAUCAGAUAAUCAUUCUACUAGAAAGAAAGGGUUCUUCUGGGCAAAAUCCAGCAAGAUGUGAGCUCACACUAGGAUGUUUAGGAGGUGAGGACAUCUGUUUCUCGUGUAAUAUUGCAUGCAUCGUUAAAUCAGUGAAACAAACUAAUCUGCAUUUAGCAUACCUACACAAGUCCUACACCUUUCUUGCACCAGGACCAUAAAUUUGAAAGCCUCCAAAUACGGGGGCGAUGUUUAUCGUCUUUAUUUUCUCAAGGGUUCUUAUGGACUCGGUAUUGUUAUUUUAUACAGAUUUUGGUGUUGGUUCUUCUUUUGCAAUCUCAGUUGGACUUGUGAAGAGCGCAUUCAUCAAGACAUUGUAAACAUCGCAGAACUGCAUCUUGACAUUCGACAGGGUUAGCUUUAUGAAGUUAAAACUGUAAAGAAGAGAACGAAUUUAUAUUACAGUUGUUUAUAGAAAGAAAAAGAGAGCAGAAUUGAAAUGCUGAAAGGAAAUGUGAUCUGAUUCUUACUGUUGUACAGAUUUUCUUCUGUGUGAAUUCAUACUUGAAUUUAUCGAAAUGAACUUAUGCAUGGCAAUUGGAUCCUGGAUUUGCUUGAGAGGCAACAAAACUGUAUGGUAUGUUGUGCAAUGAUUUUUCUAUCAAUUAUAUACUAAAUCGUUUAUUGGCAUGA